GUGGAUGCGUGCAUGAAUCGUAAACCAAGAUUGAGUAAUCGCGUGAAAUCUGAAGAUUGCUCUGAAUACUGGACGCCAACAAUUUCUUUACCUGCUCCACUCGUAUAUAAGAGACUCGAUCACCUUAACCGAACCACACAUUUGCCACUAUAGCUUUGCGAUCAACGGUCCGUAACUCCGUCAAGCACGUGACAUAUGGCGUCCGACAGCAAUGCCGAGCAGGGAGGCGGUGGCGGUGGCGGUGGGGGAGAGGACCGAGAUGGACGCCGCUUCCCGCCGACGAUGGAAGGCCUGCUGCGAUUCUCCAUCGAACACACGUCUGACCAGGCCGACAGCCCCAGUCUACAGCCACAAGAGAUGACAGAGGAGCGGAGGGAGUUUUUACGCAGCGCUCUGGCUGAGGCAACCGUUGACCCUAUCCAGGUGAUCAAGCGCUCUCUGGCGGAGAUGCAGGAACUGCUCGACCGAGAAGAGAGACAGGAGGAGGAGGAGGAGGAGGGAGAGGGAGAUGGGGAGGAGGCGGCAUCACAGCGGCUGCAGGCACUGCUGGAGAACGUCACCGACUGGUGCAACGACAUUGACUUGGCGAACGACCUGCAUAAGAUUGGAGGUUUCGCGCUGUUCCCGCGCCUCCUCGCCGCGAGGGCGGCCGGCGUGCGUUCGCGCGCGGCAGAACUCGUCGCGACGGUCGCGCAGAACAAUCCCUACACGCAGGCGCAGCUGCUGGCACAGGGGGCGCUGCCGACGCUGCUGCGGCUCACCGACGACGACGCCGCGGGCGACGAGGUGCGAGUGAAAGCGCUGUUCGCUAUAUCGUGCGUGGUGUUUAUUGUGAUUGACUGUGUUUUGCUCUCGCUUUACUUUCAGGAGGAAGUGGAGUACUGCAAAACGAUAUUGCAGAUUUGCUUUCAAGGUGGUAACAAUUCUUCCAGUCAACAAGGACCAGACCGGUGAUGCUAGGUGAUACAAGGAAGCGAGUUUUUGGCGUAAAGCAAGAAAUGUGUUUAGUAAUGACCAGGCAACCAUCUAGCCAAAAAAUCUGUACACUGUAGCCGUAUGGUCAGCAGUUCUGUAAACUGCGUAUUCAAUAAUUGUGCCACUGCCAAGCAGAGAGUACAAUGCAACUAUGAGAAUGACUAUGCUAUUGCUCGCCUUUCAUCCAUCAAUCAUCGUAGCAAAUGAAAGCUUGGGUGCGAGCAAUGCGGGAGUAGUUGUCAGACGAUUGAAUGUACAUAUACGGUACGCUUAACACAAGUUCAUGAAUGUCAUGCCGCGUUACAAUAACGUCUCAAAUAUACGAUUUAAUUACUA